GAUCGAAACCAUGAGAAACUGCCUAAUAUUCGACUGUUGUGACCUACCGAAAACAGCAUGGUUCUACCUAAUUUUAAACUGGUGGAAAUGCUGAGGAAGGCUCCAUGUCGCUGGGGUGGGAUGGGGUCAACAGCGGGGUGGCGGGGCCCCGCCCUGGGCUGCGGGGCGGGGCUUGCGGGCACAGCCCCACCCAUGUGCGAGCCAGACGGGCACCGCCCUGCGCGCUGCGCGCCCUGAGCUGGCCCUGGCGCCCCGGGUUGGAGUGGGCGUUCCCAACGCAGGCCCAGCCCCGGCCGAGGCUCCAAAUGGUUUUCCAGCAGGCAGGCUUCUGCAGUAGCCCCUGAGCUGGCUCAGGGAGCGCACUUCCUUUGCAGCGAGCGCGUCGCCCCCUGCAUCCCCGGCCUCCACCGGAGCUGGGCAGGAGCCUACCGAGUGAAUCUGGAGAAGACAAACUUGGGAGACAGACGAAAGCUUAGGGCACGUUGGAGGACAGCGCAGCUGUGGCUCCCAUUUUUGGAGAUGCAGCCGAAUUUGAGCUCACAGGGAGGUGUGGUUGCCUCCUGGGGAUGGAAAGUCUUCCUUUCUCCACCUCUGUAACUCGUGCUUCUGAGAAGUAAAUGGAUAUUUGGAUCCUGACCUCAGACGCGAAUUUGGGUCUUCUGUGCUUAGGAGCAGAAAGUGCCCAGGAGGGGCCUGUUCCUUUACUUCUUGGGGGAAACGCAAUGCGCGGCCUGACUUCUCAUGACGGGAAAGGCUACUCCACCUUCUCUGUACUCCUGGAGGGGAGUCUUGUUCACAUGUUUACCAGCGUCCAGGACAAGGAAGAGAAAAGAAAUGAGCCGUCAGACUGCUACAGCAUUACCUACCGGUACCUCGAAGUGUCCACCAUCCCAGAGGGUGCCUGCCCUGACUGGCACAACUGCAUCCAACAAUGACUUGGCGAGUCUUUUUGAGUGUCCAGUCUGCUUUGACUAUGUGUUACCACCCAUUCUUCAAUGUCAGAGUGGCCAUCUUGUUUGUAGCAACUGUCGCCCAAAGCUCACAUGUUGUCCAACUUGCCGGGGCCCUUUGGGAUCCAUUCGCAACUUGGCUAUGGAGAAAGUGGCUAAUUCAGUACUUUUCCCCUGUAAAUAUGCCUCUUCUGGAUGUGAAAUAACUCUGCCACACACAGAAAAAGCAGACCACGAAGAGCUCUGUGAGUUUAGGCCUUAUUCCUGUCCGUGCCCUGGUGCUUCCUGUAAAUGGCAAGGCUCUCUGGAUGCUGUAAUGCCCCAUCUGAUGCAUCAGCAUAAGUCCAUUACAACCCUACAGGGAGAGGAUAUAGUUUUCCUUGCUACAGACAUUAAUCUUCCUGGUGCUGUUGACUGGGUGAUGAUGCAGUCCUGUUUUGGCUUUCACUUCAUGUUAGUCUUGGAGAAACAGGAAAAAUACGAUGGUCACCAGCAGUUCUUUGCAAUCGUACAGCUGAUAGGAACACGCAAGCAAGCUGAAAAUUUUGCUUACCGACUUGAGCUAAAUGGUCACAGGCGACGAUUGACUUGGGAAGCGACUCCUCGAUCUAUUCAUGAAGGAAUUGCAACAGCCAUUAUGAACAGUGACUGCCUAGUCUUUGACACCAGCAUUGCACAGCUUUUUGCAGAAAAUGGCAAUUUAGGCAUCAAUGUAACUAUUUCCAUGUGUUGAAAUGGCAAUCAAACAUUUUCUGGCCAGUGUUUAAAACUUCAGUUUCACAGAAAAUAAGGCACCCAUCUGCCUGCCAACCUAAAAUUCUUUUGGUAGGUGGAAGCUAGAUACAUGAAGGUAAAUGAAAGGAAAGGCUGUUAAAUACAGGAAACAGUUGCAUGUAGUAACACUAAUAUAUUUAAAAAUAAGUCAACAGUAAACCACUGAAAAAAUAUAUGUAUAUACACCCAAGAUGGGCAUCUUUUGUAUUAAGAAAGGAAGCAUUGUAAAAUAAUUCUGAGUUUUGCGUUUGUUGUAGAUUGAUUGUAUUGUUGAAAAAUAGUUUUGUUUUGUUUUUGCGUGGGAGUGUGUGCGUGCGUGAGUGUGUGCGUGUUUGGGUUUUUUUCCUUUAACUGACAAGCCAUCUUGAGUGGUCAUGGGCCACUGCUUUUCCCCUUUGUGAGUCAAUACAUAGUGCUGCUGCGUGCUUUUUUGUGUGUGUAUUUGCUAACUUUUAUUAAUUUUAGUUUUUCAUUAAAUAAAUUUGACUUUCUUUCCUGUAAUUCAGGUUUUUCUUCACUUUUUUUGGUACCAUUUUAAAGUUAGUGUCUUUUGAUAUGCAUACUUGUUUAUGGUAAAAGUUUAUAACAUGUGUUCAAUAUUUUCUUUUCCCCCAUUAAUCAGUUCAUUAGAAAUAUUUUAAAAUCAGCUACUUUGUGAAGCUAUGAGUUCCAGAAAGUAAAGGUGACAUCGGAAAAAUGAUCAAAAGCUAUUUAAAGCAUCUGUAAGAUGGUCUCUCUCUUUCUUCUACAGAUGAGUCACAUCUUUGAGCUUAAUCUUUGAAAGGUUAGAGAAUAAAUUGAUUUUUAUAAGUACUGCAAAUCAGGCUUUUGUUUCCUUUUUCAAAUAUCUUGGAUAAAUCACAUGUUUAAAAUUUGUUCUUGUAUUUAUUGGUUUUUGCAAAAGAAGGCAUCGUCAUGCACAGUAUUUGUAAUUAAAAGCAAAUCAUUUGUUUAAAAAGGCAGUUUGCAAAAAAUGUUUUUGGUCUUUUAUAAUUCUCAUUAAAAGAAUAUCUGGCAAAUUAAAAAAA